ACCUUUCUGGCCAAACUCCUGGCAAGUCGGUCUCGGGGAUGCGUCUGCCCGGUCGGGAGUUGAGUGUGUGCCUAUUGCAACAAAGGCGCCUCGGGAUCGGAAGUCGCAUUUCCAAGCCAGCGCCUCUUGGCCAGGACCUGCAGAUCCAAGAGACAUCUUUCUGGAAAAUAAGAGAGCUGCCUCCCCAGGAUCAAGAAAAGAAAACCAGUGUGCUACUGUAUAGAAUCCUCAGGAGCAAGAUUGACUGUCCCUGGAGCCAAGAAGCCUUCAUGCUGGCAAGGCCUGCCAUGUGAUGGACAGGAGGCAGAGUGACGUUCUGACUCUUCUGAGGGUGCUGUGGGGCCUCAUCACCAGCUGGCACCUUCUGCCCUGGGCAGACAGAUCAUGCUACCCAGGCUUUGUCUUAUGAGUGAGAAGUAGAAGAAAGAGUACUGUGCAUCAGAAAGACUCCAGGGGCUCAGAACAAAGGCUUACUACUUCCUGCCCCUGGAAUGUUGACCACUCAGGAUCUAAAGGAAAGAAAACUAUGCUGACGACCUAUGGGAUUCAUAUGAAAGUCAUUGUGACUUUGCAAUCAGUAAGAGCUCUGAGUGAGGAACACUAUGCAGGGAGAAGCUAAGGCUGACAGAAAGCUUGCCCAAUAGAGCAAGCCUGAGAUAGACUACCAAGAUGGCAAAAUAAGAGGCUUUAUGAAGUAGCAGUCCUGGAACUCAUAAUUGUAAGGACACUUUCUUCUUUAAGUCACGAUACCAAAUAGGAAAAAUGAUUUACAAGUGCCCCAUGUGCAGGGAAUUUUUCUCUGAGAGAGCAGAUCUUUUUAUGCAUCAGAAAAUCCACACCGCAGAGAAACCCCAUAAAUGUGACAAGUGUGAUAAGGGUUUCUUUCACAUAUCAGAACUUCAUAUUCAUUGGCGAGACCACACAGGAGAGAAGGUUUAUAAAUGCGAUGAUUGUGGUAAGGAUUUCAGCACGACAACAAAACUUAAUAGACAUAAGAAAAUCCACACUGUGGAAAAGCCGUAUAAAUGUUAUGAGUGUGGCAAGGCUUUCAACUGGAGCUCCCAUCUUCAAAUCCACAUGAGAGUCCACACUGGGGAGAAGCCGUAUGUCUGCAGUGAGUGUGGAAGGGGCUUCAGUAAUAGUUCUAACCUUUGUAUGCACCAGAGAGUCCACACUGGGGAGAAGCCCUUCAAAUGUGAAGAAUGUGGGAAAGCCUUCAGGCAUACUUCCAGUCUCUGCAUGCAUCAAAGAGUCCACACUGGAGAGAAGCCCUAUAAGUGUUAUGAGUGUGGGAAGGCCUUUAGUCAGAGCUCCAGCCUCUGCAUUCAUCAGAGAGUGCACACGGGGGAGAAGCCCUAUAGGUGUUGUGGGUGUGGGAAGGCCUUCAGUCAGAGCUCCAGCCUCUGCAUCCACCAGAGAGUGCACACAGGGGAGAAGCCUUUUAAGUGUGAUGAGUGUGGCAAGGCCUUCAGCCAGAGUACAAGCCUUUGCAUCCACCAGAGAGUACACACCAAGGAGAGAAACCAUCUUAAAAUAUCAGUUAUAUAAAGAUGUUUUGCAAAGGAUUAAAAAUCUUAAAUCCGUAAGUGCCACUAGGAAGGAAGUCCGGAAUCCACCUACAUUGACCCUGGGACAUCUACAGUAGUCCCUGGGAAAACAUUCUUUCAGAGGAGGUGAAGUUGUGUUUUUCUGAACUCGGAAUUCUUUGAAUGUGCCCAAGAUGGAGCAUUGUGUCCCUAUCACAGGUGUGGUGUUUUCUGGGACUCUAGCAACAUGCUUCAGCAGUUGAAAUAAUCCUCAAAAGUUUUGAGCCUUGCUCAGCCUCUGAGUCACUUGUGUCUGUGCUCUGCUUCCAGGCAACUCCAGGCACUCCUUUUCAGAGCACAUGCUCCUUCCUGUUUGAACCUACCUACCAGUCAGUGCGUUUAAAAGUGGACAGCUCCCAUGAAGGCCGAGUCCUGGUAUUUCUGAGGUUGCCAUUUGACUCAACCCUGACAUAGCUUUCCAUGUAGCCUAUUGUUUCUGAAUCCACCUUACCUCAUGUCCUCAGAGUACCUACAAAAACCUAUCCCUUCCUAGAUGGCAUUAAAUUUCAUUUUAGGUUUUAGGAAAGUCAUAAUAUGCACUCACUCAGCCGAUCAGGAAUCACUGGCAGAUGUACAUGCCCUAGAACUUUUCUUUAGUUUUUUUGGACUCUGCUAAUCACUGUGUCUCUAAGUUAGACUUAUUUUCUAGUGGCUGCGUCACAUGCUUUAACUUGAAUUUUUUUUUUUUUUAAGUAGCUGAAUGUAUAUAUCAGGGAGGAAGAAGCAAGCAAACUAAGCUUGCCUGCUUCAAGAGUGACCCUCUCAGGCUCCUUUUUUAAGUGGUGGGGUUCCCUACCAGCUGGGGACACCUUGAGAAGGCUGACUGGGGAGUCAAGGAGGAUGAAUCUGUCAUCUCAGGCAAUAAUGUGUAGGCGUCAUCAUGAAUCGCAUUACAGUUCUCUUUAGGCAUGAGUGUGUAUUACUGAUCCAUCCUCAUUCAUUCACUGAGUAUUUAUUGAAUGCCUCCUUGGGUGUUGGACAUGUACUGGGUGCUGGGAAUGCCACUGGAUCAUGAAAUUCACCUCCGGAGGAGACGGGAUAAGCAAGUUAACACAUAAGUAAUGUAGUUUGCGGUAGUGAUUAAGUGCUAUGAGAAUAAACUAGGGUGGUAUGUAGAGGGGGGUGGGGGGCCAGGUAGCAAGGGUCAGGAACUCUGCGCUAAGGGUACUGGGGCCAGGUGAAGGGAGCAAUGACAGUACACAGCACAGGUGCUGCUGGCUCUGGGACGGAGAUGCAGGCGUUGCAGGUAGUGUGUGGGGAGGGGAGGCACUGAGCCAUGAGCUUAGCAGUCAGCAUUUAUGGGCCUGUUUGUGUUGUUUCUACUGGCUGAUGGUAUAUCUCAUGGAGGAACUCAAGGGAUGUUGAAAAGACCAAAAGUCCCCAGUGACACCAACACAGAGCUCCCAUUUCCGUUUCCUUCUCAUUCCCAUUCUCCGUCUCCCACAUGAGUCCUUUGCUCAGGAAGUCUUUGGGGAAACUAAUGUCUUGUAAGUCUGAAGUGGGUGACUUUCUUGGUGGCUUCUGCCAGCCAUCUAAGGCUGGAGAAAGAACUUCCCAGAUGGCUAGAAAUACAAGACUGCUUGAUUUUUUUUUUUUUUUCUUUCUUUUUUUGGUGAUUGGCUGGAAGAGGUUUUUGUAAAACUGAAGUCUUGGUGCAUAGAAGGCUUCGUAGAGCACAUAGUCAGUGGGUGGGGUUUGGGAAUGAUUCUGUCACCAUGUGUUUCAGUGCAGACACCUUCUGGCAAGCCUCUGGCCCACUGGUCACUGCCUUUCCCCUCUCCACAGAGGGCUGUUGUCUAACAAAGCCCCUUCCUGGCCUCAGCCACCACUGCAAUUUACUGUAGUGUCAUGUCACCACUGCGUGGAGCAUUAGAGAAAAGCCUAGACUUUUAGUUGAUAGCCAGUUGAAAUAUCAUCAAUAGAAUUUUAGUUUAGGAAAAAUUGGUUUGAUUUCUAGCUUUAUUACUAUUAGGUAUGUAAGCUUGGGCAAAUUGCUUAAUCUUCAGGUCUAGUUUUCUCACUGAAUGAGGACACUGGACUAAAUGAUUUCCCAAUUUCCAGCUAGUCCUAGAGUUCUAUAUUUCUACAUAGUUGAAUUAUUUUAUCAUGCUGUUGCUGGGGAAUACAACUAACACUUUUGAAGCUACUAAUUUUAUGUCAAGCUUUAAAGUCCAUAAUUGUUAUCUUCAGAAAAUAUUAUUUGACCUACAGUAUGUCUAAAUCAAUUUAAUAAAAUCACUUUAUAACAGGG